AUGGGAACGAUUAUGUCAUUCUGCUGGCGAAUUCUCUCCAGAUUUCCAUUCUCAAGAGGAAAACCAUCACUCACCCAGAAAGAACAACAGGAUAGCUGCUCAAAACUGACGGACGUAUUAAGGAACGGUUCCAGAUGCUGUGCUGAUGUGAAGUGUGCAAGCUUGGCGCGGACAGCGAGGGAGCUUUUAUCAAAAAUGGAACAGAUUCAAACACAGCUGCAUAACGAAGUCGUGUUGUGGAAACUAAGGUACAUACGGGGGAUAUGCACGACAGAGAGUCGACAAAACUUCUACGAACUUCUUGGAAAGUUUAACUCCUUUCACGAAAUGCUUGACGCGAUCAUUGAAAAUGAAAAGAAGUAUAUAGAAGCCAUGGAACCGGAACAAAAAGGAGAAGAAGAAGAAGGAGGACAUAAAAGCGAAACCAUAGACGCGGAGCCAUCUGUAGUGUUAAUCGAAAAAUCAGGCACCGAAAAAAAGGCUUUGCGGAGAAGAAUUAAGUUCUUCACAAAAGUUCAUGAGCGCAACGUUAAACUGCUAUUUCUUGUUGUGAACGAAGUAGCAGAGUGCAGGUCGAUGGUGGAUACUUCAUGCAUCAACGGUCAAGAACUGUCGGAUAGCUUCGCGUCAGAAAUAACAGAAACUGGUAGAUUUUUGAGCGUGCUAGAGGAAUCGCAUGACGAAGAAUUAAUUGAAGCUUCGUCAAAAAGGCUUGGUUCCAACAAGCCUGAAUGCACGAUUCAGAGGGUAGAUCCAACGCAAAAUUUGACGACUUGAAUUAGUUGGUUCUCUGAACAUCAUUUUAAAUUGUUGUAUCCCACAGUUACUAGGCAUGCUGUGAUUGGUCAAUUGAACGGGCUGUGAUUAAAUCAAAGCAGUUAAUGUUGGCAAAAUCUCAAAUUUGGCGGGCUGAUGAAUGUUUGGAUCUUUUAUUGUCCUAAAAUAAUGUGUUUAAAGGAACCAAUGACCGAACAACAAUACCGAGCAGACUUAUUAUAUUUUCUUUGUGCGUCAAGUUGUUCGAUGCGAAUGGAAGUCGUUUCACGAACCCGUCGGAGAUAAAACAAUUAUUUAACCCAAUCAUAAUUAUCAUAUUUGUCGCAAUAUCCUAAUUAGCAUAUAUCAUGAUUAUCUAACCAACUUGUAUUUCCCAAUCCGCACAGUUUGAAACGGAUCCUGGUUUUUCCCCCAACAGGAAUAGUAAGGUUUAUAUUCGCUCCGACGAAGAGCUUAGGUUCGAAAAAUCAGCUUUAAAAACUCUUCACGUUGGCCAAUUUACAUUAUCUUGAUUAUACACCCCACCG